AAAAAAUAUAAAAAUAAUAGGUUAUGUUUUGGAAAGUGACAGAUGCAGUGGAAGAAGAGUUAGGUAAUAGAUAAUUUUUAGGGCGAAAGAAAUGUUGAGGCAGUUUUUAUCAAGAACGUUUUCUCGUUCUCUCCCCUGUUCCAUCAGUCAAUUCUCGAAUAGAGCAAUUUCUUCAGAAGCAGUGGCUGAAACCACCAUAGAAACUAGACCAACAGUCAGGAAACCUGAUGAAGUAGCUCGGGGUCAACUCACAGAUUUCGGAAAAUACGUUGCAGAAUGCUUGCCCAAGUACAUACAGACUAUUCAAAUAACAGCUGGAGAUGAAUUAGAGCUACUGAUUGUACCAGAAGGUGUGGUUCCUGUACUACAAUUCUUGAAAGAUCACCACAAUGCCCAAUUUGCAAAUCUCGUUGAUAUUGGUGGAAUGGAUGUUCCUUCCAGACAUAAUAGGUUUGAAAUCAUUUACAACAUACUCUCCCUGAGAUAUAAUUCUCGGAUCCGUGUAAAGACUUACACUGAUGAACUAACCCCAAUUGAAUCCUGCAAUGAAGUCUUCAAAGCAGCAAAUUGGUAUGAAAGAGAAAUAUGGGACAUGUAUGGAGUAUUCUUCUCCAACCAUCCUGAUUUGAGACGUAUCUUAACUGACUAUGGUUUUGAGGGUCAUCCAUUCAGAAAGGAUUUCCCUCUCAGUGGAUAUGUAGAGGUUAGGUAUGAUGAUGAAAAGAAACGUGUUGUUGUAGAGCCAUUAGAAUUGGCCCAAGAAUUUAGGAAAUUUGAAUUGAGUGCACCAUGGGAACAGUUUCCCAACUUCAGGAAUGCCAAUCCAGCUGCUGAGGAAGUAGUUCCAGAAAAAAAGUAAAAGUGUAAUAUGUAUGAAAAACAAAAUAAACAUUCAAUACCAUAUUGUUGAAUUAUAUAUUGCAGGCUGCAACUUA